AUUUUUCCCGCCACAGAGCGCAUGAUGGUUUUUGCGAUGUACGAUAUUGUUGAUUUCCGGAAUUAAUUGUAAAUAAAAAUGGAGCCCACGGAAGAUACUGACGAUGCCGUGGAAAGAAAAUAUAGUGAACUUUGUCUGGACUUAAAUAUGGAUAAAAGAACAAAGGAAGAAUCAUGGGAAAGCUACCAGAAAAUUCAGACAAAGUACACACUGGAGGCAAAUCAGAUGCACUGGCUCGCGUGUGCACUGUAUGAAGCCUGCAGAAGAAGUGUUACUCCUACAGUAGGCCGAGGAACAAUGGAGGGAAAUGGAGUGUCAUUGACUAGACUUCUUCGUUCAGCUAAAUUCAGCCUUAUUCAGUUUUUCAACAAAAUGAAGAAGUGGUCUGACAUGGCAGGACUACCUCAAGAAUUUAUAGACAAAGUAAACAAACUAGAAAGGAAUUUUGCAGUUUCCACAGUAAUUUUUAAGAAAUAUGAACCAAUAUUCUUAGACCUAUUUCAACAUUCUGUGGACUAUCAACAAAAGCAAAAUAGGAACAAAAAACAGAGGAGAUUGCCCUGCACUUCAAAUGAAGUAUUUAAUUUCUGCUGGACAAUGUAUGUACAAGUGAAAGGUCACUUUCCUGCAAUAAGUGAUGAUCUGGUGAACUCCUACCACCUCCUACUGUGCUGUCUGGACUGGUUCUAUGCUAAUGCAUUAAUGGGAGGUAGAAAAGACAUAUUAAAUCCAUCAUUUGAAGGGUUACCGGAGGACUUUGGAAACAAGGAUUGGAAACCACCAAAUGAAAGUCCCUGCAUUAUUCAACUUUUGUGUGAAAAGCAUGAAGGGUUAGAAAUCGAAGCCAAAGUCAUUAAAGAACAUUGGUGGAAACCACAUAUCAAGAAACUCUUUGACAAGAAGAUAUUAAAAGGAAAACCAGAGACUUUAUCAGCAGUUCUGGAAGUUGGCAACUUUGAUGCCAACAAAAAAUCUAUAAGCGAAGCAUAUGAAGAAUAUCCCUUAAAUUAUAGCAGCAAAUCAAUGAAUAAUGAGUAUGAAGCCUAUGUGUUAAGUGUUGGUGAUUUUGAUGAAAGAGUGUUCUUGGGCAGUGAAGCAGAUGAGGAAAUUGGAACUCCCACGAAAUAUCGGGAGGAGGGCACGGGUGAAUUGGCAGAAAGGUUGCAAGUGAAAGCCCAUCUACAACAGCAUUUUGAUGAGACCAAAACAUUAGCACCCUCGACUCCGCUGACUGGCCGGCGGUACCUGAAGGAGAAGGACCCCAGCACUACACCAGUGUCCACUGCUACCCAGAGUGUUAACAAGUUACAGAGCCUGCUGUUGGGACGUAAAGCCCUACCCAGUGAUGACCUGCUGGAUAUAUUUAGUGAGAUAGGUUCUGAUCCUAAAACUCGAAUAAUGGAGAGAGUUGAUGAGAUGGGUGAAGUUUUCUGCUCCCACUAUGUACAAGAGACUGAGGACCAUGCAGGUUCACAAAUUGAUUUUGCUCAGAAACGACUACAGCUGGGAGAGUGUUUGUAUUACAAGAUGUUGGAGAGUGUACUGUUUAAUGAGAAGAAGCGGAUGGAUAACAAAGAAGGCAAAUCGGCCCUGUCGACGCUCAUGGAACAAGAAAUAUUCCAUAGAAGCUUAUUCGCCUGCUGUUUAGAAAUUGUUAUUUUCUCUUACAACUCUCAAAGAUCAUUUCCUUGGAUACUGGAAAUCUUCAACCUUAGUCCAUACCAUUUUUACAAAGUAAUAGAGAUAAUCAUCAGAAAUGAAGACGGUUUAUCUCGAGAUGUUGUCAAACAUCUCAACCAUAUUGAAGAAAAUAUACUAGAGAGCCUUGUUUGGCGAAGCGAGUCUCCAUUGUGGGAGGCUAUUAAGGAGGGUAGUGUCCCGGGAUGUGAGGAUGUUGUGCUGCCUGAACACGAUGUAAUGAAGAAUGUGAAACAUCCAGCUGUUAUUAGAGUGUCUGAAUCACAACAACCAAAAAGAGAUCCACUAAUGUCCCCACCACCAGGUGUCUCUGCAGCUGACCGAUUCAGUUCACCGUCACCAGGAAGUGCCAAAAGAAGACUCUUCAGUGUCCUUACUCAGCCUACAGAAACACUAGUGCCAUCAGAAAAUACACCAGUAGAGAGCAGCACAUCAACUACAUCUACAAAGACGACACAGAUCAUAGCCUUCCAACAGGCUCAAACAAAUGAUGGCAGACAGAUUCUCAUUCCUGUUCAUACUAUUAUCCACUCCGGAGCUAAGGAUGACAAGAAAGAACCUGCUAAAAUGAGACCCAAGAAAACGGGCUCAUUGGCUCUCUUCUUCAGAAAGCUGUAUCAUCUUGCAAGUGUGAGGUUACGAGAUUUAUGUGAACAAUUAUACCUAGAUGACAUUGAGUUACGGAAGAAAAUGUGGACUUGUUUUGAGUAUGUUCUUGUUAAUCACGUGGAGUUGAUGAUGGACAGACACAUUGACCAAAUCAUCAUGUGUGCCAUUUACGUCAUGGCCAAGGUGUCUGACCAUCCACAAUCUUUCACAGACAUCAUGAGAUGUUACAGACUACAGCCACAAGCAGAAAGUCAUGUGUAUAGGAGUGUUUUACUCAGCUGUAGAACAAGGCGAAAUUCGGGAGAAAGUGAUAGCAGCAAGAACGGCACUAGUGGGCAGUCAUCUCCAGUCAAUGUAGAGAAUGCUGAGAAACGUAAGACAGCUGGUGUCCAAAUUCUCUAUGAGAGGUCAGAAAAACUGCCCACCAUGCGGUCAUCAAGUACUCUGCCCAUUCCUCACCCGGGAAGUCACCCCCCUACUCCAACAAUUCUUAUACAGUCUGCUAGUGGUGGUGAAGAAGGGGAGGAAAGAGGGGAUCUUAUCAUGUUUUACAACAGGGUCUUUGUAGAAAAAGUGAAGAAAUUUGCACAAAAAUUUUCAGCCCAGAAGAAUUCCAAGGAUUGUCCUCCACUUUCACCAUUACCUACGGUCAAAAGUCAGACGGCUUCUCCCAGAAGAGUGUCCAGCAAACACUCUAUAUACUUGUCACCGCAUAAACCAACUCUACUGGCAACCCCAAUGGCAACUGGAUUGUCAUACUCUUUCCAAAAGAGUCCUGCAAAGGAUUUGAGAGCCAUUAACAAUAUGAUAAAAAUGAAAGACUUUAGGGAAGGUAAAAAAAUUCUGGGUAAACGUCAGCUUGAUGUCACAGAGGAGGACGAAGGACCACAAACUAAACAGCUGUGUACAGGCUUCUCCUUCUUAAAGCGCUUACAGAAUGUUAGCAGUGAGAGACAGGAGGCCCAUGUCCUGAAGCUGGAUUAAACAAUUUCCUGAUGCCCUCUGUUUAUUGCAAUAUUGUUUACACCUGUCUGUUUUAAUGAUCUCAAUUCCAGUUUUCUAAGUAUACCUUUAAACAGUUUGUUAAAGAAAAUCAAAUUCUGUUUCAUUCUCGAUUUGUAAAUGCAAUAUUCUGGAAGUUUUGUUCCAGAAAUUUGUAUGUGUGAAAAUGUGUGCAAUCCUCAACAAUCAGAAUCAUUUAGGUAGGAGGUGAAAUACAAACUGCUUUGUUUCUGUGAUGUAUUGUCUCUGUCUAAAAGUACUUUGCAUGACACUGACAUAACACUAUGUAGCAUCAUUGUGUAUUUUACAUUGGAAUGGAGUUCUAUUAUCAAUAGUGCAAAUCAUUUUUGUCUGUAUUUUUGUACAGUGUAAAUUUAAUAUGUACAGUAAUGAUAUGUAUAGCCAGUUGUUUUAUAUAUAUAUAUAUAAUAGGCAAGUGUGUUACAAGAUUUCUUUGGAAGUAUUUUAUUUGUAGAAACUAUAAUAUGUAUUCCAUUUUUAGCAUUUUAUAAAGUGCAUGAAUGCAUUGACAUUUUAACAACUUUGUCAGGUCAUGGUUUUUUGAUUCAUAUAGAUAUACAAUAUUUGACCUUAUCAACCUGUCAUAUGUGUAUUGACAGUAACAAGACCUGUUCAUCUUACUUGUAUGUCGAAUGAUAAGUAUGGUAGCCCUUGAAAUCACUACUUUAAUAACUGAUCCUUAAUAUCCACAUCCUUUCUUUGUCAGCAAUCAUAUUCUAAGUCAUUAUUGGGGUGCUAGUUGUGUGAAGAGAAAUGUGUAUGGGGAAAAUAAUACUGUUUAUCAACUACCAUGAAAUUGAGAAUUUUUAGUGAAAAUUGCUUAUGAUAAUAUGAAAAAUAGAUCUAAAGGACUAUAUUCAUUACACUACCAAUGUCAGCCCCCAUAUAAUAUUUAAAUUAGGCCAAUUCAACUUCAUUAGUAGAUUAUCAUCCAGGAUCACCAAAAGGUAUGGGGUGGGUGGGAGGAUUUUAUUUUCUGAGAAAAAUAUUAAUGACAAACGAGUUUUUGUCAACAGAAGUGCAUCAUUUAAUGCCAGAUGGAUAUCAAUCUAGCUAUGCUUAUUUCACAGAUGAAUUCCAGGUUAAGCUUCAAUUUCAAACACAGAAAGAUACCAAACUUCUUUAAGAUUUAUGCCUGUAACAAUGUGAGAAAUUAAGAAAACCAUAUCUAUUUUCUUCAGGUGGCUUUUAAUGUUGCUAUAAUGGAAAUGUAAACAAGAAGUGUAAAUUUGUACCGGAGUCCGACUUCAAAAUUUUCCAGGAAUCGCAAGUUUCACAAAAUAAAAAAAUUUGGGGCGGGCCGAUUUUUGAGGGGCAGGUGGGGAUGAUAAUCUAUCAUUUAAGUUGAAUUGGCUUUGUACAGUAGUCUCAUAAACUUUUGUCUGUCAAAAAGUUAUAUAAGUAAUUUUUUAGAAUUAUUUCCAAGUCAUCAUAAAGUGAACCAUUUGCCUCAAUUUUUCUAAAUUACAACCUAAAAUUACAUGCAUUGCCCACAUUUUGCUUAAUGGAGUGCAUGCAUGAUCAGACACCACCAUCACAUUUCAUUGAUAUGAUAAUUUUACUCGGCGUCAGAGCACACUUGCCACGUUUUGUUCUGACAUAUUGCUAGAAUUGGUAAUGUGAAAUGACAUCAAAAUAAAAUUUCAUUUCGAAAAGUUCUGCAUAGCAAUUAUAAACUUGUAUCUGGGAAUGUGAUUUAGGAGGCAAAUGGUAGUAUUGUAUAUAGUCCUUCGAUAUGGAAAUGAUAGUAUUUAUAUGGUGCUCCUUGUUUUAAUAUAUAAUUUAAUGUAUGACAAAUUUUUAAAAAUUCCCAACUUUCUUAGAAUUUAAGUUGCGUGAAGUGCGAUCAAUUCUUCAGUUGUGCAUAUUUCAAAUACUCUUGUUAUGAAUGGAAUCACAAUAUGGAAAAUGUCAUAUAGUGAAUAAAAUUUACAAAGAU